AUGGUGGGACCCUUCAUCGUUCUCAAUGCUAUACCAGGGGCAGUAUGGGGGCUCGUCUUUCCAGCAGUUUGUCGAACCACUUUUGGUGUCUUUGGUACUUUUUGGCCGAUAUUCACGCGUGCCACAAUCGCAUGCGUUUGGUGGGGAUCCCAGUUAAUCAAAAAUACCAUGCCCGCUAGUACGGGCACCUCGACUGACUAUGUAAUCUCAUUCACCAUCUUCUGGCUCUUAUCAUUGCCUACAAUAUGGGUACCGAUCCACAAACUCCGAUGGUUACUAUUGGCCAAAGCGAUCGUAGGUCCAAUGGCCGGUCUGACACUCCUCGGAUGGUCAGUCAAACGAGCUGGUGGAGCUGGACCGAUAUUCAGUCAACCUGCUACUUUGAAAGGGUCGAAACUCGCUUGGCAGAUGGUCACUAGUAUAGGCGAUUGUUUUGGUAAUCUGGUGACUCUGAUUGUGAACGCACCUGAUUUCGCCUCAAGAGCCAAAACCCCCUCUGCCUCUGUAUGGUCACAACUGAUCACCAUGCCACUCGGGUUCUCAAUCACUUCCUUCCUCGGUAUCGUAAUUUGCUCUUCAAGUGCUGUGCAGUGGGGUCAGCCCAUCUGGAACGUUGUGAAGAUCAUGGAAGCGAUGUUGGAUGGAGCCGAUUCCAGCAGAAGAGCAGGAUUGGCUUUUAUCGCCAUGGGUUUCAUAUACGUAACUCUCUUGAUGAACGUGGUGGGCAACUCGAUCGCGGCAGGAUGUGAUUUCACUGCCUUGUUCCCUCGAUACCUAUCAAUCAGAAGGGGUGGUUAUAUAGCUGCGAUAGUUGGGAUUUGCAUAAAUCCCUGGCUAUUGUACAAAUCACCGCAAACAUUGACCAAGUUCCUCGCUCGCUGCUAA